CUCUGUGACAGUUAUGUUUGAAACUCGAAACCCCGCCCGCUUUCCCAAACAUUGCUUCUUCAUCCUUGUAUGAUUCAUCAUCCCUCCUCCACCAAGAAACCCCACUUUCAUCGAGGAAAGACGCAAUUUUUCAUUCCCUCCAGAAAAGAUCGAUUUUUUUCUUCAAUCAUCGUGUCAGAAACCAUGGCGCAUGGAUGGGUUCUCGUGUUGGUGUUGAUUUCUGUUCAUCUCACCCUGGCUCCGGCGUACCCAGAGCAUGUCGCCAUCGCCGGCUUCCCUGUCAAUGCUCCCACCGCUUCGCCGCCGCUUUCCAAUGGCCUUCCGUCCGAAGAUGAUGAUCUCCAAUACGAGUUCUACAGAGACAAGUGCCCAGAAGCCGAGAACAUUGUGAGGUCCACAAUGGCCAGGAUACUCCUACUCGAUGGACGCAAGAAUGCCACUCCUGAAGUCCUCCGCCUUCUCUUCCACGAUUGCUUCAUUCAGGGUUGCGAUGCUUCGGUACUUCUAGACAACAACGGGAACAAGAAUUACUCUGUUGAGAAAGAUGCCAUCCCCAACAAGACAUUGAAGGCCUUCAAUCUUAUUGACAUUAUCAAACAAGAGCUUGAAAAUGCUUGUCCAGGGACGGUCUCUUGCGCCGACAUUCUUGUUCUUGCCACUAGAGAUGCCACUGUCCUGGCCGGUGGCCCAUUCUAUCCAAUCUUGACGGGUAGGAAAGACAGCAGAUCAUCGUACUUUGCAGAAGCCUUGUCGGACAUACCUAGGCCUGACGGCAGUAUCUCUGAAACACUUAGGCUAUUCUCACGCAGAGGAUUCAGUACAAGGGAGAUUGUUGCUCUUCUCGGAGCUCACAACAUUGGGAGGAUCAGUUGUGAGUUCAUCGAACCACGACUCCACAACUUCUUGGGAACGGGACUGCCAGACCAGACAAUGCCCGCUGAUUUCCUCAAUGAGAUGACUGUCAUUUGCAGUGAUAAGCAGAGCAACUCAUCAAAUACCGUGGAGUCAGCAAUGGGGAUAUCAUAUAACCCGGAGCUCUUGUCCUCGGUUUCGUCAGGAUCAGUGUUUGGCACGCAGUACUACCAAAGCUUACUGAGAGGUAGAGGCCUUCUCUUUGCUGAUCAACAACUGAUGUCGAAUAAGGAGACUGCGGAUUUGGUGAGGGCAUAUGCUUCUGAUGAUGGAACAACUUUCAGAUUGGACUUUAGCCGGGCCAUGAUGAAGAUGUCGAACGUUGGCGUGCUGACCGGAUCUCGAGGAGAGGUCAGGCUCAAUUGCUCCCGUAUACUACUGGGAUCCAACUGAAAUGAAGGAAAUGUCCAUGGCUGGGCUUUUGACUUCACGUUGUUGCUCUUUUCUUUUUGCUUUUUGUUUCUUUGGGCUGUAUACCUCCUGUAUUGAUCCUGAUGUAGCUAAUAGGGCAUUCUGAACAACAUUUUUUUGAAAGAGAUCUGAAACAAAUCAUUUCAUUUAAGCCCAGAAACACGACAAAGCCAUGCAUUCAUGUCCAUAUUUCCUAACUGUACGCACUCCCAUGUUAUAUUAGUUUUUCUUUUGGUCUUGUAAUCCUGGGAAAUCAACUUCUUAG